AUGGAAAAGUGUCUGAUGGUUCAAGGAAACCUACUUUUUACUAAUGAAACUGCACCUUUUAUGAAGCGUGACAUGUUUAAAUUAACCUCAUUUGAGUGGGAAGAUUUCACUCCACUUAUUGUGGCAACACGAAGAGCAUCUCUAGAGCAAAUGAAGGCUCUAAUCGAGAAGGGAGCAAGUGUUUACGGAACGGAUAAUGAAGAAAGCACAGCUUUGCAUCAUGCCGCUGGCAUGGGCUUCAUAGAUGGUGUUAAGUAUUUGCUGCAGAUGAGAAGUCCUGUAGAGAUGGCUGACUGCAAUCAGUUGACUCCUAUAAUGUGGGCAACUCGAAAUAACCAAUUGGAAAUUGUUAAAUUAUUACUCCAGGCGGGAGCUUCGGGUUGCACAUUAAAUCCCGCGAAUGAUUCGGCUUUCAACGUUGCGGUUAGAUUGAAUUACCGAGAGAUCGUCAAGUAUCUCCUAAAGGAAGGUGAUUUCGGGCAGGACAAAGAUAAAGUAUUGUAUAUAGCGCUGGCGGAGGCUUCAAACAUGGGCAAUGUGGAAUUGGUGAAAAUACUGGUGGAAGCUGGUGCUCCCAUUGAUUACCCGGCUGAACACAUAAUUCCACCUCUUCACUUGGCCGCGAGAGAAGGUAAAGUAAGCACCGUUCAUUACUUAGUGACUAAGAACGCAAACAUGGACAGACUUGACGAAUUUGGCUAUACACCAUUGAUGCAUGCAAUCAUUAACAAGCAACUCUAUGUGAUCAUGAACCUCCAAAUGUCAGGUGUGAACGUGAACGCUAAAAACAAGAAUGGACUCUCAGCUCUGACUUUGGCACGAAAACUAGGGGAUGAAAGAAUUGGACAGAUUUUGAACGCCGUCGGCGGUCUUCCUCUAGAGCAAGGGCCACAUCAAGCAGUCGGGCUCAUUCUUACGAGAAUGGAUGAGGAUGCUGAUGAAAAUUUUGCAAUUGCAGAUCUGGAACGUCGCUUUGGACGAAAUCUAGCCUUGAGUGAUAUUCAGAAUAAAGCAGAAGGUGGCAUAGAUGACGAAAUAUCUGAUGAUUAUUCUGAAACAAGUUUAGGUGGUGCCUCCACUUUGUCACUUCCAUCCGAGUCAAUUUAUAAUGUAGAAUUUGGAGGAACCGCGUUAAUUGCCGCAACGCGGGCCAAUGAUAUACACCAAAUGGCUACAAUUCUCCGGUAUCCAGGACAUAUUGAUCAAGCCGACAAUUAUGGAAACACAGCACUUCAUUAUGCAGCUAUAAGUGGCUUUAUGGAUGGAGUAAAUUUGCUUAUUAAAUACCGUUGUGGCCUCAAUCCGCAAAAUAUUAUUGGUCUGUCACCGUUAAUGGAGGCGAUAUUUAACCGCCACAUUGAUGUCGCAAAGCGAUUACUGGAAGCCGGAGCGUCCCCAUUUAUUCUCAGUUCCAGUCUUGAAAGUGCCAUAACACAUGCCGCUUCAAUGAAUUACCUCGAACUCCUUUAUUACAUGAUUAAUGUCCAAACGGAGCCAGCAAUGCGGAAGCAAGUCUUCGACCAUGCUCUUGUCUACGCUGCCAAAAAUAGAAAUGUGGUGCUGGCAGAUGCAUUAUUAAGUAAAGGAGCCGAGGUUAAUUUAACUAUACCACACCAUGUACCACUUCUGAUUAUUUCCGUGGGACUUGGUGAUGAUAUUUUGGUUACAAGAUGGAUACAUGCUGGAGCGAACGUAGAAGGUCGGGAUUUUCUUGGCUUGACACCUUUAAUGCACGCCGCAAUUUCCGGCCACUUGAAUACUUGCCAACUACUAAUAAGUUAUGGUGCGAAUUCCAAGGCUGUAUUUGAAGGCAAAACUGCCCGAGACAUGGCCCUUGAAAGAGGAUAUAAAGCAGUCGCGCAAUAUUUACAAUCGGACAUGCUGGGAAGUUAA